AUGUGUGAUGCUGUUAUGCCGGUUUGCGUAGGCAUCAACGGCUUUGGGUCUAUUGGGAAGGCAGUUCUCUUUUCCUCGUUCACGGAACCCACAGUGAAAGUGGUGGCGAUUAACGAUGCUUCUAUGAGUAUUGCCUACAUCGCAUACUUACUGCAGCGCGAAAGUCCUCUUUCUGCAGAGGACAGGGCUUCGGUAGUGGUCGUUGGGGAGUUCAUUUGCAUUCAGGGCUCCCAUAAAAUCCGUGUGUCGCAGAAACAUGAUCUCGUGGACAUUGCAUGGCAGGAUGCUGGUGUGCAUUACGUGGUUGAGUGCACAGGGCUAAGCUUCACGCGAGAGCGGUGUUGGGGACAUGUCACGGGGGGUGCUAAAGGCGUCAUUAUUGCGGGGCAGAGUGCGGACGCCCCAGUGCUUAUUCUUGGUGCAAAUGAGGCCGAUUUCAAGGUAUGUCCUGUUGUUUGCGCCGGUCUCCCCGUUGCAGUUGCACUUGCUCCUCUCAUUCGUUUUUUGCAUGAUCAAUACGGUAUAGAGGAGUUCUCCUACACCGUCAUUCACGGUCUGCGGCCAGCGGAGAUUACCGCAGGAAGGUCCAAAAAUCCGCAAGAUUGGCGUCAAACAAGAGUGGACAUUGGUGAUAUUGUUCCCUACAUCCACACCGGUGAAAAGACCAUGGAUAAGGUUUUUCCAGCUCUUGUGGGACGCAUCUCUGGAAGUGCGUUUCAGGUCCCCGUGACAAGAGGAUGCGCCGUGGACGUGUUGGUGCGGUUGAGACAGCCUGUCUCGAAGGAGUUGUUGGAUGAAACCUUGAAAGGGGUUGCCACCGGUCGACUCAGUGAAGUGUUUUUGUACUUGAACGAGGAUUUCAUUAGUCGCGACUGUAUGCCAAAUGGUAAGUUGUAUUACGAUGCAGCGUCUUCUCAUGCACUGCGUGAGGGGGAGGCGCACAAACUACUUCUGUGGGUUGAUCUUGACGGCAGCUACGCGAAGCGGCUUUUGUCUCUGGUGGUGUUUUUUGCAUCAGCUGGGAGCCAGUAG